UCUAUGCUAUAACUAGAUGAGUGUAUAGAUAGAUAGAUAUAUAACAGUGCACUUGGAUAUAACAUCCCAACCAACCAACAAAAAACACCACCAGUUAUGGCAUCAUUAUCAUCAUCACAACCAUCACCAGCAGCAGCAGCAGCAGCAGCUCAUCCACUAGUAUUGUUGGCCAACCAAUGGCAUCGUAUGAUAAAUAUUGUGGUCAACCAUGAGAUUAGUAGCCCUGAUAUCAAACACAGACACUAUUGUCUGAUCAUUGCGUUUACAGCCUUACUAUAUAUUAAUACACUUAACGGUGACUUUACUUACGAUGAUAGUCGUGCCAUACGUACCAAUCAGGAUCUGUUAUCAUCGACUCCUUGGUACUCAUUAUUUCUUAAUGACUUCUGGGGUACACCAUUAAAGUCAACCAAUACGCACGGAUCCUAUCGGCCGAUAACUGUCGUAUCGUUUCGCUUAAACAAUUUACUACACGGUCUACGGCCGUACGGGUUUCACUUGUUCAACGUAGGGCUACACUCGACGGCCACCUACCUGUUCAUGCGUUUUUCGGCCCAGAUAUUCAAUCGACGCAAACGUAUUACACUGAUAGCGGCCGCCCUGUUUGCCAGCCAUCCCAUACACGUCGAAUCCAUAGCCAGUAUUGUUGGCCGGGCCGAUGUCGGUGCAGCCAUAUUCUACAUACUGGCCAUUAUGUGUUAUAUGAAAUAUUGUCGACUAAGCGAUCGCCGGGAUAGACCCCAGCGCCUGUAUCUAUACACUACUCUAGCGUUGGCCACUGUAUCGAUGUUGACCAAAGAGCACGGCAUAACAGCGCUGGCCGUCUGUUCAGUCUAUCAUCUGUUCAUACAUUAUAAACUAUUUCCGUUGACACCCGAUAUCAUACAUAUGAUUAUAAUUGAAAGACGAUACAAAUAUCUGCGAAUAGGUUUAAUACAUCUAUGGAUGAGUGCCCUACUAUUGAUUGGCCUACGAAUUGGGCUAAUGGGUCGGACACCUGUAUUUGCACCGUCAGAUAAUCCGGCCAGCGAUCAUCCAUCUGUGAUAAUCCGUUUUCUGACAUUCCUUUAUCUACCUGUUUUCAACUUUUGGCUACUAAUCUAUCCGCGCUAUCUAAGCUUUGACUGGUCAAUGGAGUCCAUACCGCUGGUCCAGUCGGUAGGCGAUCCCCGUAAUCUAGUAUCCAUAGUAUUCUAUACUGGACUGACACUGAUAGUCAAAUGUCUACUACAAUACUAUUAUACAAAGUGCCAGCAAAUGCGGUCACUGAUGAUGAUGAUGGCCACCAACACUAGCACCACCACCACCAGUGCCCCCGAAUUGUGUACAUUUAACGGUGGGUGCGGAUGUGCGCCCUGUUGUUAUCAACACCAUCAGCAUCAGCACCAACACUACAAACAGCAGCACCAGCACCUAAAACGGCCGUUUAAUUAUAAUAAUAAGUCAUGUAAUAAUAAUAAUAACUCAAUGUAUAGUUGCGACUCUUAUUAUUAUCUCAAUAAUAAUAAUAAUAAUAAUUUUAAUAAUAAUAAUAAUUAUAAUGAUACUAGCAGCAGCACCGGUAGCUUCUAUAGCACAAUGACAUCAUCAUCAUCAUCAUCAUCCAUGACAAUGACCCAAAUGGAUUGCAUAACAAUAGGACUAUCUCUGUUGAUCAUCCCAUUCAUACCGGCAACCAAUCUAUUUUUCUAUGUCGGCUUUGUUAUUGCCGAACGUAUACUAUAUAUACCCAGUUUCGGCUACUGCCUACUAGUGGCCAUCGGUAUCGACUAUUUUCUCCGACACCGUAAAACCAUACGUUUCGUAGCACUGGUAGCCCUAACUGUACUGUUAGUAUCGUUUUCGUGGCGUACGUUCAUACGUAACAUCGAUUGGCUAUCCGAAGAAAAUCUCUACCGUUCCGGCAUUGAUGUCAAUCCGCCUAAAGCUUACGGCAAUUUAGCCAACAUAUUGAGCUCCCAGUCCAAGAAACGUGAGGCCGAACAGGCCUACAAAAAGGCUCUGACCUACCGGUUCAAUAUGGCCGAUGUCCACUAUAAUUUAGGUAUACUACUACAAGAACAGGGACGCUAUGAGGAGGCCCUCCAGAGCUACAAAUAUGCCGUCCAGUUUCGGCCCCGGCUGGCAAUGGCCCACCUAAACAUGGGUCUAGUAUUGGUACAGUUAGGCAGGAAACAGGAAGCCGUCGACACCUACAAACAUUGCUCGCAAUUGGACAGCUCGGGCCUCAAGGAUCCGAAACUGCACGACAGUACCCGAAUAUCGGCACUGUUCAAUCUGGGCCGUAUCUAUGCCGACGACGGCGACUACGGUCGGGCACUCGGCAUCUAUUUGCAGGCCAUCGAUCGUAUGCCCCAUCACUAUCAGGCCCAGUCGCUGUACAAUAUGGUUGGCGAAGCCUACUUCAAACUCGGCCAACUGGCCGAUGCUGAACAAUGGUUUAAGCGAUCACUGGCGGCCAAAUGGGAUCAUAUACCCGCACACUUGACCUAUGCUAAAAUGUUGGUCAAAGCUGGCCGUACCCAGGAAUCGGAACAAUGGUUUCUCAAAGCUAAACAAUUGGCGCCAAACGACUCGAGUGUUUAUCAACAUUAUGGCCAAUUUCUAUCGGAACAGCAACGCCAUGAAGAAGCUGUCGAUUUGUAUCUGAAAGCUAUUAAACUGUCGCCCAAUGACUACGAAAUUGUCUUCAAUACGGCAAACACCUUAAGACAGGUUAAGCGCAACGACGAAGCGGAAAACUAUUACCGCUGGGCAACCCGUUUGAGGCCAAACGAGGCGACCAGUCAUAUGAAUUUGGGUGCUAUGCUACACGUCAAUGGUAAGCUCCGGGAGGCCGAACUAAGCUAUCUGGAAGCGCUACGGCUGAAACCCGAUGACCAGAUAACGCAAAACAAUUUAUCAAAACUAAGACAUCUGAUGCAACAAAAGAGACAACAGUCGGCAACAGUUGUCGGUGACAGCAAAUCGUGAUGCUAUGGAUACCUGACCCUAACCUUUGACCUCCAGAUGAUGGCCAGUCAGAACAACCGAUGCCAUCACCACUACCAACAACACCAACAACAACAUUACCAUUGUUUGUGAUGACUAUUGUCGACCAAAAAAAAAGAAAAUAAAUUUUUUUCUAGUCAUUCAAAUAAUUUUAUUAAU